AUGGGGGAUACCUCUAACGGAGGACCCGCUCAGGGGACCGAUAAUCAGCCUCCAUUUCCGUAUUUUAUGGACAGGCAGCCUCCAGUGGCUUUUCCUGCUUCGGCCUCCUUCCUCGAUCCACAGUCUUCUCGGUUGUCUCUAUUCUACGACUAUCUGACUAAAAAAUAUUCUGCAGCACCCCCGCCUCUUUGCCCAUCGGCUCCGCCAUUUGUGCAGAGGCUGCCCCCUCCGCCGCCAUCGCCGCCAACAUACAGUACUUUUCAUGACUGGAGUGUGCGAUACGCUCCUUUCUUUUGGAGAGACGUGUGGGAAUUCUGCAGGGUGCAUAACCCAAGCAAUGCGGGCAAUACGCUCCUGGAGAUCAGAGGCGACAACCUGAGUUCAAAAGAGCAGUCUAUCAAUCGAUUCUACGCUCAGCACGCUUCGUCUGAUCUUCCGCGGACGCAGUUCCUUUUCGGGGCUCCUUCGCUGACCGGGCUGACCCCUGAGGCAUUUGUUAACACCGUGUUUUUUCCUCGAGGAAAACUUAAUUUUGCGGAAAACGUUGUGCGAUCAGCGGGGAGAGCGGAUGAAGAGGUGGCUUUGACUUUCUCUUGUGAGGGCUCUGCGCCGAGGACCAUGACAUUUGGCGACAUGCGGCGUCGCGUGUCUAUAAUGAUGCAGUUUUUCCGAAGGAUAGGACUGCAAAAGGGGGACCGAGUGGCGGCGGUAGUGUGCAAUACACCGGAGACUCUUAUUACAAUGCUCGCCGUAACUGGAUUAGGAGGCAUUUGGUCGUCUUGUUCGCCGGACUUCUCCCUCUCGAUGCUGCACAGCAGAUUUGGCGACCUUUCCCCCAGAGUUUUGAUCACGUCGAAUGUUUACCAGCUGAAGGGGAAGACUAUAUCGUGCAUUCGAAAGGCAGAAGAUCUUUCACGAAGAAUUGCAAGCGUGAAGACGCUGCUUACGCUUCCGCUCGAUGGCGCCAUGGAAAGAGUCUUCAGUGAUGACAGCGGGUCCCGCGCGCCGGACGUCUGCCAAGCCCGAUACUCGGAUAUCAUGAACACGUCGACGGUAUCGCCGCUUUCUUUCCCGGCGCUGUCCUUCAACGACCCGCUCUUCAUCCUUUUCUCUAGUGGCACCACGGGCGCACCGAAACGAAUCGUCCACCGGCAAGGCUUAUUGCUCCAGCUGGUGAAGGAGCACCAACUGCACCUGAAUGUUCGGCCGGGCGACACCAUUUUCUAUUACUCCACAGUCUCGUGGAUGAUGUGGAACUGGCUCGUGGCGGGGCUAGCGUCUGGCGCAAGCCUGCUCUUGUACGAAGGCCACGCGAUGCAUCCCGGACCGACGGUCCUAUGGAAAUUCUUUGAUGACCACGGCGGGACACUCUUCGGGACGAGUGCCAAGUAUCUUCAGGAUAUGGAAAAAAUGGGUGUCUCUCUCGACUCUGAGAACGGCCUGAAACGCCUGCGCACGCUCUGCUCCACAGGGUCGCCGCUUUAUCCUCAUUCGUAUCGCUACGCCGCGCAGAACAUCAAGAAAGACCUCCACCUCGUCUUCAUGUCUGGAGGCUCAGAUAUCUGCUCUUGCUUUCUCACUGGAAAUCCCACCGAAGAUGUCCGGGAGGGACUUCUUCAGGCGAAAGGUCUCGGCAUGGACGUCGGCGUUGUCAACCAGGAGGGCGAGCGCGUGGUCGGGCAGACAGGCGAACUCGCGUGUCUUCAGCCGUUCGUCAGUCAGCCGCUACAGCUCUGGGACGACGAGAACCGCAAGAAAUUCGUCCAGACGUAUUUCGACAGGAGCAAGGGGGGCAUGUGGCUGCAAGGCGACUACUGUAUGGAGUAUCCGUCUCCAACGAGCGGGUUCGUUCUCAUUGGCCGAAGCGACGCCACGUUAAAUCCGAGCGGCGUGCGGGUCAGCAGCUCUGAAUUAUAUCAAGUGGUGCUUGGGCACCCGGGCGUCAGCGAGUGCAUUGCCAUCGGCAGGAGCGACCAGGAAUCCGAGCACAUUGUUCUCUUCGUCGUUUUAUCAGGCUCACACUGUUAUUCGCCGCCGCUCGUCGCAGAGAUCAAGCGCAUGAUUGCAAGCGCCCUGACUGCAUUCCACGUCCCAAAACAUAUUUUUAUGGUUGACGAGAUCCCCAAGACGAAGAAUGGGAAACUAAUGGAGAAGGAACUCAGAAACUUCAUCCACGGGCUGCCCCUGACGAAUGUGGAAAGCGCCCAAAAUCCGGAUGUCUUCAAAGAGUACGAACGCUACAUCAUCCGCGCCACCAUCCGUGUGGAGCCAGCGACACCUUCCACGACACCUCCUGGAACUUUGGAGUAUGAAGAAGAACAUGGCUUCCCUCGCCCCUCGGCAGAUAGCGUGGACUAUUAA